GUUUCUUCAUUUCUUCAUCAGUGUUUGUUUCCUUUCCUCUACAUAGUACAUGUAGUUAACAAUUCACUACAACCUCGCUACGCACACACAUGGACAUAACCGGUUGAAUAGAGUCUCAUUUCGUAUGCGAUCUACGUCUCAUCCUUCCCUAGGUUAGAUGUUUUGUUUAAUCAGACCACGGGUAUACCUAUCCAGCAUACCCGCCAAUAUGGAACAGAUUUUCAAGUUUCUCGAACGUAUCUCGUCGCAGCACCGUUGCGUUGCGCUCGACCCUCACCUCCGGGUAAUUUCAAACAACAAGUGUCAAUUUCGUAGCUGUUUAUAUGCGCCAUCUCUUGAAAUAAAAGAGAGGUAGUCGUAGUAUCAUUUCUCAACAUUAUAUCUUACAUCUUAAUAUAUCGAAUUAGCGUCAAGUUAUAACCAAUUUGUUGACGGAAUCCUGGUAGAUUGUAUAUCAGGUACACCUAAUACCGUCAACAUGGGCUAUUACGAGACCAGCUUCUACGGCUUACUUACCCUCUGUGCAGGCUUGCUUGCUUCUCAGCCCACCCGGCGGAACGAGUUGAAGAAGCUUGGCGGAUCGCGAAAGCAGAUAUCGCGAUAUGAUGUACAUCCUGAAACAAAUUGGUACAAGGCCUACGCCCUCGUUAUGGGCGCUGACUGGCUUCAAGGACCGUACCUGUAUUCCCUGUACCGCGAUGAGCACGGCGUGUCUGAACGCUUAGUAUCUACUCUCUUCGCCACAGGUUUCUUAUCUAGCGCCAUCAGUGCAUACUUUGUCGGGGCCUUAGCAGACAGAUAUGGCCGUAAGAGAAUAUGUAUGAUAUUUUGCCUCCUUUACGCCAUGUCGUGCUUUUUUACCGUCAUUCCGUCCAUAGGAUUCCUUUUUCUAGGACGUGUCCUCGGUGGCAUCAGCACAAGCAUCCUCUUCAGUGUCUUCGAUAGCUGGAUGGUAACCAACUUCCGGGAACGUAAACUAGUCGAACAUGGAUGCGACCUAUCUAGGACUUAUGCUACCACUAGUAUCGUCAACAGCCUUUCGGCAAUUGUGAGCGGAAUUGUCAGUGAAGGGCUUGUGAGAGCGACUGGUACCAAAAAGGCACCAUUUCUACUCAGUUCUAUUCUACUUUGGCUAGCCCUCCAGCUCAUCUGGGCUCAUUGGGUCGAAAAUUUUGGUUCAAAAGCUUCAGAGCCUUCCGAGUCUUCAGACAAACCCAAGACAUCCAAGCUCUGGUCUACAUUGAAACAACCAUCAAUAUUAGCUCUCGGCUUUGCUUCGACCAUGUUCGAGGGAUCUAUGUAUCUUUUCGUAUUCUACUGGACACCAACCAUCAAGUCCGUACAGAUGUCUACAGGAGAGCUUCCUUACGGCUACAUCUUUUCCAGCUUCAUGGCGUCAUCAAUGGCAGCAGCAUUAAUAUUCAACAUUCUCAUGCAAAAACGGCUCUUUAAGUAUUCCCGCCUUCUUAUUGGAGUUCUCCUAAUGGCCAAUUUCUGCUUUGUCAAAUUAGCCGGCCCCAAAACCGAGGAUGCUACUUUCUGGCUCUUCUGCCUUUUCGAAGCUUGCGUUGGUAUGUAUUGGCCCUGUACCGGCUACUUGAAAGGACGUCUAGUAGACGACGAUGUUCGUGCCAAGGUUUACAGUAUCCUACGAAUCCCGUUGAACAUCUUCGUCGUCGUGGCACUAUUCAUUGCUGAUGACAACCAGCAUUUCGGUAAAGUGUUUUCAACAUGUUCGAUGUUACUAACGGUAUCUUUUGGUGCAAUUUGGGCUGCAAGCCUAAAAGAGGACAUCCCUUAAGAUAAGGUGCGGUGGGAAGUAUUUCUAAGUCGUUCGACUUGGGAGGCUAGCGGUCAAGUUUCCUAGAGCUUGUAUAUAUACGUGCCUCAGAUUUAAAAGUUAUUGCAUUUUUUGAUAAAAUCCAUAGCAUUGACCGACAGUCGUAGAGGUUAUCUGAAUAACCGUUUAAGGCCGGUUUACCAAGUUAGAUACGACUUAACAUAAAGACAGUACAGCUUCACAAAACUUAAGGCCAUACCUACUUUCCAGUACCAAAUUGUUUCAGAACAGGAUUGCUUGGGCUACCAUCUUAUUUUACGUGAGAACGUAAUUGAAAUUCAGGGGUAAACUUAAGCAAAGGUCAACUGUGAAAAUGAAAAUAGGGAUAAAGUUCAUAUCUA